GUGGGCUGCAGUCGCUCGGUGGUCGGUCGGUCGGCUCUCCCAUAAAUACGUAGUUGGUCUGGUCUGUCUAUGUAUAUGCACAUGUGUUUGUAGAAUCUCGUACACUAGAAAUCAUAUUUUGCUGUGCGACUACAUGGGGUAAAUUCUGUUUGCUAAAGUGCUAAUAAAUUGAGUGCCCGCCGCACCGCAUUUCAAUUCGCCCCUAACAAUGAAAGUGUCAAGUGAUCAAAUUAUUCGGAGACCAAGCGAGCGGCUUAUGAAAUUUCAAAGGAGCCCACUGAACUGACACUGUGUGUGUUUAAACGGAAUGUUGGUUAGCUCAAAAAGAAGAAAAGAAAGAUAAAAACCAACAUCAAGCACCCACCCACCCAGAGAAAAUCGACUUCCACCACCCCUUUGCCCUGCGGCAUAUGUACACACACAGUCAUCGUUGCUCGUUUUUUUUUUAUUUUUUGUUUUCUCGCUUGGCCGCGUCUAAAGUUCUCCAGCACUGAACACUGUAAUUGCGAGUAUUAUAUGUACACAUUCGCGUGUGGACAGAUAUACGUAUAUAUAAUCUAUAUGUAUUUGGCAUUAUUAUUGUCGCAGUCCCCGUAUAAAUACCGGGGAGGGGACCCCCGCGGACCAUUUCAAUUUUUUUUCAAAUUAAGGAAAUAUAAUCACUGUGGUGAAACACUUUAAAGCCCUGAGCGCCAAAGAAGAAACCGAAAACAAAAAGCACAAAAGAGUACAAAAAAAAAAAACGAGAAUUUUAUCAUUUUUUCUCUUGCGGCUCUCGUUGCCGCCUUUACAGUUUGAAAGCCAUUGUAUAAGCUUAGCUCGGACAGAAUGCGGCGAAAAAAAGUGGAGUUUCGGGUGAAGCAAGCGGCAUCGCGGCCAGUGCAAAUGCUGAAUGCCCGCAUUGGUACCCUGGAGGAGGAUUUGCAUCCCGACGAUGAGUUGGCCGCCCACUACGAGGAAUUCGGCACAACUCCACCACGCACACGUCUCAAAAUCAAGAAUCGGGACUGGGAACGCAAGCAAAAAGUGGCCAAUGUUGUAGCGUCCACAGAUUCCCCAGCUAGUGCUGGAGGGACUCCAAAGAAGGGCAUGUCACGUAUGGCCCGAUCUCGUGUCCUGCGCCGCAACACCAUGGACUGCGCCCUCCUCAAUGAGAUGUUUGUCAACGAUGAGAAACGGACGGAUAAACGGCUGCAAUCGCUGCUGCGUGACUCGGAGCGAGAGAUGAAGAAUUCGUUGGCCACGGCAGCGGUGCCACCACCGCGGGGCAAUAGUUUCCACGAGGGAGCGCAUCCCCUGGAAUCUCUGGAUAAGAUUAUGCCACUUAGUUCGGAUGUGUCGGCGCCACUGCCACUGAGGAUUGCUUCCAAAGUUGUGGAGAGCUGUAACAGAUAUCGCUGUGUCUCCUCGCGGCCAAUCGGUUGCCGCUCUUCAGCUCCGCCUCUGGCCUUUGCUUCGCAGCUUCUGCCGGCUGGCAUACUCAAAGGCGAUGGCAAACAGAAGGCAGGCCUGGGCAAACGCAAGGAUUUCCACGAGACAUUUGCCAAUCUCAUCAAGUUGGGCAGUGUGGAUAGGCAGGAGGCCAAGCCGUCGCAGGAAGAGCACACCUGGCAAACGGAGCUGAAGGAUCUCAUCUGGCUGGAGCUGCAGGCCUGGCAGGCCGAUCGUACUGUGGAGCAGCAAGACAAAUAUCUGUUCGAUGCCCGUCUGGGCGUCUCUGAUCUGCUGACCCAGAUAAUUAGCUACAGAUUUCAGCCCCGCUAUCGUCGCGAACCGAGUUUGAUCAGUCUGGACAGUGGCAUUCACUCGGAUGGCAACUCAAAUGCCAGUUCUCCUUUGCCCAGCAAGAUGUGCCAGGGAUGCAUUUCCCUAUACUGCAAGGAUUGCAUGGAUCAGCAGGAGUUGGCGUUGCGGGAGGUGGAGGAUAUGCUGACACGUCUGGAGGUCGCCGAGUCGCUAUAUCCCUCGUCACAGGCCAUGGGGGCGUCACAUCCCAUUUACAAGUCGCAGAGCUUUGUGGGGCGCAUCAAGUCCAUGUGCCUGUGGUACAACAUUACCAAGCAGAACAAACUGAAGUUAAGCAUUUUGGGUAAGAUUCUUGCCAGACUGCAAGAUGAGAAGUUCUCGUGGCCGGUGCAGACCUCGUAUAUUGGGUCCGACAGCGGCAACUCCUCCUCCUCGGGAGUGGAGAACGAGAACGACUCGGCUGUCAAUUCCAUAGACUCCUCGAAACCGCCCAGUGUGGCUGGCGGGAGAAGAGCGGGUGGUGGGUGUCCCAAUGGUAAUGGAAGCAUGUCCUGCGCUAAGGUGCAGUUCAUGCUCAACGAUAGCACACAUGUGCCCGGCGAAACUUCCAGUAGUAAUGAAUCCACCUCGACGGAGAUCAGUCAGCUGUCAAUAUCAAAUGAGUGUCCACAGUUGCGAAAAGGAUCUAUGCACGACAUAAAUAUAUUUAGUGUCGAGCCAUUGGGUACCUGCAGCAACGAUGGAGAGCAGUCCUCGGCCUUGUAUCGCAAGUUCAUCGAGAAUGUCCUUAAAUGCCGAGGCCUGGCCAAGUCUCUCGCAUUCCUGCACAAGCUGCACAAUGUGGCGCUGUACAAGGCGCACAUUGCUCUGGAGAAACCUGGCACAGAGGACUACGACGUGGAACUGGAUGCGGAAGCCAUCGAGGAAGAUGUGCCACGCCUGGAUCCGCAUAUAAGUCGCGAGCAGGUCAUCGAACUGCGCACAUACGGCUACUGGAGCGAGGAGGCCCAAUCGAUCAAUCUGCCCUCAUACAUUCCCACCUUUGUAUUCCUCAGCGGAAUCCCGUUGCAGUUUAUGCAUGAGUUCCUCCGCAUGCGACUCGAGACUCGGCCAGUGCGUCCCAAUCCACUCAGUCUGGAGCAGUUGAUGAAGGAGCUGCGCGAAGGCCUAACGCUAGCAUUGACGCACCGUGAACGCUACCAGAGGCACAUAACGACAGCUCUGGUCGAGAAUGAGACGGAGAUGGGAAAGUACAUUAGUAUUCUCAAUCACUACGAUGCGACGGUACGAAAGACCUUUGAGCUCUAUUUGGAGUACAUCGAUCAGUUGGUGCUGGUUGCCGUGCCGGAGACAAAUCAAAAGUCUGUGCUGGAGAAGGAGUGGAUGUUCACCAAGCUGAUUAGUCCCAUGAUCAAGGGCAUGCAUACGUUGGCCUCGCAGAAAUUUUGCGGCAUCAUCAGCAAGUUGCUGCGUAGCAUUGCAACACGGCUAGUGCAACGCUCCGCCGAGCUGGACAAGCAGAUAGCCGGGGCGGCAGACAAUGACGACAAUGAGGAACUUAAGUGGCAACUGUUGACCAUUUGCCGCGAGACUCAGGCUUUGUUGACCGUGGAGCGGGAGCGCUCCAUUAAGGUGCUCUUCUUUGCCAAGACCUUCUGUCGCGAUGUGGAGACAACGGAUUUCCAUCGGGAGCACUACGAGCACGAUGUGGCCACUCAGCAGCACGACUUUAUCUGUUCGGAUGUGAAGGCUGCCUUCAAGUUGCUGCAGCAAGAUGUCCUAGAGGUGCGCAACAAAUUGACCGAGAUCAUUGAGGGCGUGCAGAAGCGAUGCUGCAUGAACAAUAUGCGCGACCUGGACGAACAGGAUCGCCAGGCGGUGCUGUCUCGGACCCGUGAGAUUCUCCAUCAGGGCUAUAAAUUUGGGUUCGAGUAUCACAAGGAUGUGAUACGGCUGUUUGAACAGCGAAUUAUGGACCAGAAAGACAGCGGCGCCCACACCGUUGACCUGGCGCUGGGCAUCAUCACGUAUGCCAAGAUGUGGAUGCACUUCGUCAUGGAGAGAUGCGAGCGGGGACGCGGCAUGCGACCACGUUGGGCCUCCCAAGGGCUAGAGUUUCUCAUUUUGGCAUGUGAUCCGCAGAUCACCCAGCAUCUUAACGAGCAUCAGUUCGAGGAACUUAAACAGCAAAUGGACCGCUGCAUCUCACAUGUGAUUGGCAUUACCUCAGAGCCGGAGAAGGUGGCGCGCAAGAAGGCCUCACCACGCACACGCAAAACAUCGUCGCCGGCUACCUCGCGUUCCCGGACGCCCACACGAACGCCCAUGUCAGCUGGCAUCGUUUUGAAUCCCAAUACACCGCCGCUGCAAUCGCCACCGUACAACAAAUUGCUUCAUCCGCAGUUUAGCCUCAAGGAGGAUAUGCUGCAGCAGUCGUCGAAUGUGUACAGUUCCGUGGAUAGCGCGGAUUACGUGGACACACCUUGCCAGAGCAGUCCAAACGGCGAGCUCCGCCUCCUGGUACCUCAGACUCCGCCACCCACUUCAGCCUCAGCGAGCACACCGCUUGCCUUGAGGCAGGAAAGAGUUCGCGAUGCUGUCAAUCGCUUGGAUCUGGAUCUCGAAGAGCGUCUGCGGGAUCGGCGACUUAUUGGCCAGGUCAAGGCACUUAAUUCCAGCGACAAGGUGCACAUCCGAGCUCGCAGUGUGCACUUCCGCUGGCAUCGCGGCAUCAAGAUUGGUCAGGGACGCUUCGGCAAAGUGUACACGGCUGUCAAUAACAACACGGGUGAACUGAUGGCCAUGAAGGAGAUCGCCAUUCAGCCAGGCGAGACUCGUGCUCUUAAGAAUGUUGCUGAAGAGCUGAAGAUUCUUGAGGGCAUCAAGCAUAAAAAUCUUGUGCGCUACUACGGCAUCGAAGUGCAUCGCGAAGAGUUGCUCAUUUUCAUGGAGCUCUGCUCCGAGGGUACUCUGGAGUCCCUGGUGGAGCUGACUGGCGGAUUGCCCGAAGCAUUGGCCCGUCGUUUCACCGCCCAACUGCUGUCGGGCGUGGCCGAGUUGCACAAACACGGAAUAGUGCAUCGCGACAUCAAGACUGCUAACAUUUUCCUCGUGGACGGCAGCAACAGCCUGAAACUGGGAGACUUUGGAUCGGCGGUGAAGAUCCAGGCCCACACCACUGUCCCCGGUGAACUGCAAGGUUAUGUGGGCACCCAGGCCUACAUGGCUCCAGAGGUGUUUACCAAGACGAACAGCGAUGGCCAUGGACGCGCCGCUGAUAUCUGGUCGGUGGGUUGCGUUGUCGUCGAGAUGGCCUCGGGCAAGCGGCCUUGGGCUCAAUUCGAUUCUAAUUUCCAAAUCAUGUUUAAAGUAGGAAUGGGAGAGAAACCUCAGGCACCUGAGAGUCUUUCACAGGAGGGUCACGAUUUCAUUGACCAUUGUCUGCAACAUGAUCCAAAACAGCGUUUGACGGCUAUGGAACUGCUGGAACAGAACUUUUGCAAGUCGGGCCGAGAUGAUUGCAGUAGCGAACAACUGCAGAUUCAGGUUCGCGGAUCCUUUCGACGCAAUGUGGCAACAAGCUAAACUGUAAGGCAACUUAGUCGCCUCCAGUUUGGGCUUCAUCCUCGCAUACCCCCUUACAUAUAGUGGAUUAUAUAUGUAACGAAGUGUGUGUGUGUGUGUGUGUUGUGUAUUGUGUAAUUUAUAUGCGUCUAGUUUUAUGUUGGACAAUAAAUAUCCGUUUAUGCUAUAUUUAAAUGUAAA